AUGCAGCAAAUUGUAAAGCCGCUGGAAAAGAAAUUCAAAAGAGCAAAUUCAAAGUUAGAAUUGUUAAAAGUGGCCAAAACAAGGUUUGCUUCUCACUAUAUUCUUCUUAAGCGUCUUCUUAUGUGUCGUGAAGCUUUAGCAACCACUGUUGUGUUGAAUAGCUGGAAAGAAUGGGUUAAGCAAGGAGAUGAAAACACAAGAAAAAUGGGGGUUUUAGUUGCUGAAAAAAUUGCAAGUGAAAGUUUUUGGGAGGAAGUUGAAAAUGUAGUUAAAAUAACAAAACCAAUUUAUCUUUUGAUUAAGUUUGCCGAUGGAGAAGGACCAAAAAUGGGAGAGUUUAAUGAAAAAAUGGAUGUGAUGCUUGGAGAAGUACAUGAGAUUAUGAAAAGAAAUAAGUAUGAAAGUUGCUACUCUGAAAUGGAAAGAAUAAUUACUGCAAGAUGGACAAAAAUGAAUUACACAAUACAUUGUCUUGGAUUUGCUCUUACCCCAAGAUUUUAUGAUACACAUUAUCUUGCAACACCUGCUCCUGGAGGUGUAGCUAGAAAAGCUCCAGAUCAAGAUAAAGAAGUGGUUACAGCAGUGAUGGAGGCCUUUGAAAAAAUAUCUGAAAAUUCUGAUGAGCAGAAGCUUUUACGUGAUCAAAGUGGCAAAAAAGUGCUUUCUCAACCGAUAAGUAGCUCUUCGGCUGAAAGAUCUUGGAGUACUUAUUCAUAUAUUCAUAGUGUAAAGAGGAACCGACUUAAUUGUGGAAGAGCUGAUAAAUUGGUGUAUAUUCAUUCAAACAUCCGCUUACAAUCACGAUUUUCUGAGAGCUACAAAAAUGGUCCUUUUAAAAAUUGGGAUGUGGAUUAUGAUGACACUUAUUUAGGAGAAACUUCUAUGCGGCUGCACGAUACAAGUUUAGAGUUACCUAAUGAAAUCAAUGAAAGAGUUGAUGAUAAUGAAAAUGCAAGGAGGGGGGCUGCUACUGCUACUCUUAGGAGAGGAAAAAGAUUGAAGAAUUGA